AUGGAUCCCGACACGCCCAUAGCCAACGACGCCCAACCGUCCAUCUUCCGCUGGAUCCUCGGCUUUCUAAUCGUGGGCGCAUGCUGGGGACUUACGACACCGUUUAUGCGCAAAGCUGCCAUGAACUACACGCCUCCCCAACGCCCCGCCCUCACCGAUCCAAACAACUCUUGGCUGAAGAAGAAAGUUCUCGGCGUCCUCUAUGCUGUCAUUGGUGUCUUGAGUAGACCCGCUUACGCUAUUCCACUCCUGCUCAAUGUAACGGGCAGCGUGUGGUUCUUCAUACUGAUCGGAAAAGCCGAGCUGAGUCUUACUGUGCCCAUCACAAACUCGCUCGCAUUCAUGUUCACAGUGCUGGGAGAGUGGUGGGCGGAGAAAAAGGUCAUAAGCCGAGAUACAUGGAUUGGAAUGGCAUUCGUCCUUGGGGGUAUCGGCCUAUGUGUACAGAGCAAGACCUCAUAG